AUGGGAGCAGCAUGCUGUGGUUCUAAAGUUUUAAAACAUGUAAGAGUUGCUGACGUAUCUCGAGUUCCUAUGGGAAUGAUACCUCCUACUUAUCAAACUGAUCAAGAUAUAGAAAACAACUGAAAUAAAGAACUGAAUCUCUACCAGGACUCCAAUAACCCAAUCUCUACCUUUAAAGAGCAAAAUUUCACUAAAUUCAGAUCUUUGAUUUAUAAUGGAACCCCAAAAUCACUACGUUUUGAGAUUUGGCAACAAGCUUUGAAUAUAAAUUCUGACGAAAUUUCGGUUGAAAAUUUGCUAGACUCAAAUUUAUCAACUUCUCUAUCAGAUAUAGAAAAAGAUAUAACCAGGACUUUUCCUGCUAACCCUUUAUUUUCAACUGAAUUAGGCCAAAAAACUUUAAAAGAGGUUCUAUUAGCAUUUGCAAACCACAGGCCGAACAUCGGAUAUUGCCAAGGCAUGAAUUAUAUCGCAGCGACAUUUCUUAUAACAUGCAAUGGUGACAGAAAUAGCGCAUUUUACAUUAUGAAUUGUGUCCUGUCAAAAUUUGGAGCUGAAAGAUUAUUUGAAAAAGGGUUUCCUUUAGUCAAAGAAUUGUGCUCAAAAUUCCACAAUUCUUUGAGAUCUGCAAAGCCUAAUAUUGAAGCCCACAUACUGAAGCAUAAUUUUGAUGAUGCUUUGUGGCUUACAAAGUGAUUUAUUACGAUGUUUACUUAUUCUUUUUCUUAUGAAACUGUUGUAAGGUUUUGGGAUGGUGUUUUUACAAAAGGGAUUAGGUUUAUGAUCAAUAUUUCAUUAGCCAUUGUAGAAAUGAUUGAAUCAGAAAUUUUGAAGAGAGAUUUGCCAUUACUUUCAGAGUAUUUUUCUGGCAUUGGACAAAGGUAUUUGAACAUUGAUUUGAUUAUGAAAAAUGCAUUAAAAUAUGACGUGCAAAUUGAUAAUAAUGAUCAAGCUGUAUAA